AAAGAAAAAGUAGUGGCGAUUUUAUUUCCCCCGUUCUUCAGCUCUGUUAUCUGUUGCAUUGUGGUUCCUCUUACCCAUGGCGUCCUCCACUUAAACACAUUGCCCAAUCUCAGCACAAGCAGAAUUCCCAUGCCUUUUGCUCCCAAUUUUCAGGAAUGAAACUUUUGUUUCUUGAGAAUGAACAGGUGGAGAUGGAGAGGAGAGAUUUUGACAGCAAAAUUAGAGGUGGAUUAGUCAGAGCCGCUAUUAACCAAUAUGGAGAUGGAAAAGGAGAUGGCAUUUCAUGGAAGAAAUCACUCCCCCAAGACUCCUCAGAGUAUUCCUUAAAGGCGAGAGAGCUCCAAAAGGCAAAGACAGACAUUGAGCAUUAUAAGAACAGUAGAAAUGCGGCAGAUUCCUUUAGUGCACAAGCUCAACUUGAGCUCCUCAAGGCCAAGAGCACAGUGAAAAAGCUCUCUUCCCUGUUUGGCAAAUCAAAUGCCACGAUGCAGGCGCAUAAACAGGAACUUGAAAGGUUGAAGAAAUCAGGUUCAGUCCAGGACCAGCGUUUGGCUGUUGCAAGCAGUGAGAAUCACGAGUAUGAGGAAUUGAUGCGGGAACUGGAAGUUGCAAAACAAGAAUUAAGCAAACUCAAACUUGAUGUGGCUUCUGUUUUUCAGGAGAAAUUGCAGGCAGAGAAGGAAAAGGAAGUAGCCAUUUCGAAAUUUCAUUCCUUGUCAAGCUCUAUUGAAGAGCUAAGGAAGGAGAUUGAUGAAAUAAAUGAAGAACAAGUACUAGUUGAGUUAGCCCAGAUGGAGGCUUUGAAAGAGUUUCAAGAGAUUGAAGCACAGAGAAGAGUGGAAGCCCACGAGUUCUUAUGUGCAAUUGAGAACAAGAGGAAAAAUAUUAAUGAUCUUGCUCAAGAGGUUGAAGGCUUAAAAGAGCUAGAAAACCAAUUGAGCGCCACAACGUCAGAUGUGAAUGUGUUGCAGAGGGAACUAAAGUUGGUCAAGGAAUUAAACGUCAAAGCUCAGAGAAAAGUUAUGAUGACAGAAAUGGAAACAAAAUCUCAGGUAGAAGAAGAUGAACUUUUAUUGCAAUCAAUCACAGAAGAACUCAAGGCUGCAAAGAAGGAUUUGGCCGUAAUACGGGAUGAAGGCUUUCAGUUCAUGACAUCGAUGGAUGCUGUACGAAGGGAACUGAAGCGUGUCAGGGAAGAGAAUGCUAAUUUGAAGAAACCUGAUGAAAAAACUGAUUUAGCUGUUCAAAAACUAAACUCAAAGCUGCUUAGAGCAAAAACCAAAUUGGAGGCUGUAUCUUCAGCUGAAGAGAGAGCCAAAACUAUUGCUUCUAAUCUGUCUCUCACUAUAGAACAAAUGAAGAAAGAAAAGGAGGCUGCAAAGAAAGAAAAGGAGCUUACUGACCAAGAAAUAAAAAACACCAAAGCGGAAAUCCAAGAGACUGAAUCUGAAAUAGACUUAAAUGAGGAAAGAUUGCAAAAUGCCUUGCGGGAGCUCGAAAUAGUGAAGUCUUCUGAGGCAUUGGCACUUGCAAAUUUGAAGUCACUAACAGAAAGUACAAUGAGACUAAGAGCUUCUGCAACUAAGAAUAGCUCUGUUAUCACCAUCUCUAGUUUUGAAUACGAGUACUUAGCUGGUCAUGCGGUUGCAGCACAAGAAAUUGCUGACAAAAAAGUUGCAGCAGCUCUGGCUUGGAUUGAAGCCAUUGAAGCAAGUGAAGUUGAAACAAUAAAGAAAUGUGAAUUAGCCGAAAUGGAAAUCAAGGAGAUGAUAAUGGAAGAAGAGAAACAGAUAUACAGGACAAAGAGAUCACUUACCGAAAAAAGAAUGGUGGAGGGAGAGUUGCAGAAUACAGAAGAUGAAAAUAUGGAACCAGCAAAUCGUCAAAAGUCCAUUAGGAGAAAUGGAAGCACGACUCCAUCUAGGCGGUUAAAGUUCAGAAUAUCAUCCUCACCAUCGCCUCAUAUGAUGAACGGAGGAAUUGACUCCUUUUCCAUGGAGAACAGAACGAAGGUUGUGAAAAAUCUUGCCAAAUUCUUCAAUGGCAAGAAAGCUAAAAUGAACCCUUGAAUUGACUGAAAGCUUGUUCCUGCUGAUUGUGAUUGUUUCAGUCAGAACCUCCAUGGCCCCAUCAAAGCGGUAACUUAUUCUGCAAUCAGUGGGAGCGAGGAGUUCAGAUUGAUUUUUUUCCCCCUUUAUAAUUUGAUGUGCAUAGAAGGAGAACACAUUCAGCUUUAGAUUUGGAUUAUUAGAUUACACCAAAAUCUGCCUUGAGUUGUUUUCUUUAUGCAGCUUCAUGGAUCUGUAGCUCCAA